AAAGCUGUUUAAUCAGCUGUUUAAAAUACGUAAAAAAGCCGUCUGUUGUCAGAGAAUUAAAAAGUUCUCUGUUGCUGUAUUCGCCAAAUUUGAUCUGAAAGAGAGAGUACGAAAAUUUUAGAAAGCGAAUUAUUGAAGCUGUGUGGUUAGACCUGUGGUGGUUCUGGUAGAAGAAAAACUAAAAGUAAGAAGAUUUCUUGAGUACUCAAGCCGGAUUUGCUGCUCUUAUAGCGGAGUAUUAAAUUUGUUCACAGCAGUCAAAAAAGCUCAGCGGAACUUUCGCAGCGGCAUCGUUAUUCCAUCAAUACGGGCGCAAGUAAAGCGACGAAAUUCGUUAAAGGUGAAAAAAUUGCUUUGAACGUGGCAGAAGAGCGUCACAGCACAUGCAGCCACAGGUGUUCAUUGAGGUCACAUACGAUCAUCAAUUGGUAAAAUAUUAAAGGAGUUACUGGAUAAAAAUGCAUUUCGCACAAUAUGUUUGCUUUUUCGGAGUUGCUGUUGCAAUGCUACCGGCGUGUUUGGGGCUCUUAGAUGGUAUCUACUGCGGCAGGGAGGAUUGUUACGAUGUUUUGGGUGUAACACGACAGUCUACAAAAUCGGAAAUAGGCAAGGCGUAUCGUUUGUUAGCACGGAAACACCAUCCUGACAUGCAUCGCGGUGCUGAAGCGAAAGCGGAAGCUGAAACCAAGUUCAAAUUGGUUGCGACUGCAUAUGAAAUAUUGCGAGAUGAUGAGUCUCGUCGGGAUUACGAUUACAUGUUGGAUCAUCCAGAGGAAUACUAUUCACAUUACUAUCGCUACUAUCGACGUCGAGUUGCACCUAAAGUCGAUGUACGCAUUGUCAUAGUUGUAACUCUUACAAUUGUUUCUAUUAUUCAAUACUACUCGGGAUUGCAGCGUUAUGAUAGCGCAAUUAAAUAUUUGGCUACUGUGCCAAAGUAUCGCAAUCAGGCAUUAGAAAUUGCCAAAGAAGACAUAGACAAAAUUAGUAAUCGCAAAGGAAAGAAUCGUAUGUCGAAGGUGGAACAACGUGAUGAAAUCGAACGAAUUGUGCGAAAAGUAAUCGAAGAAAAGAUGGACGUUAGAGGUGGCUAUGCUAAACCUUCAAUAUGGGACGUACUGUGGGUACAAUUGCUGAUAUUUCCUUACACACUGCUUCGUUUUCUAGUAUGGCAUGCGAAGUGGUUUUGGUAUUUCACAGUUAAUAAACACCCCUACGGACGUGAGGAAAAGCUCUAUUUGAUACGUCGUUACAUGAAAAUGGGUGAGAACCAAUUUAAUGGGUUAGAAGACCAUCAGAUCGAAGAGUACUUGCGAUUGGAGUUAUGGCAAAAAGAUAAAUUUGAAAUAUGGCAAGAGGAACAGGAGGAGGAAAUGAAGAAGAAAUUGGCAGCGAACCCUCGCUAUAAGUCGUACCGACGAUAUAUGAAAAAUCACGGACCUGGGAGGUUGACAUUUGAGGACUAAGAAACUAGACAUUUAUUUUGAGUUCAUAAAAAUAAAGUUGCAAUCAAACAUGGUACAGAUAAUGUUCAAGCAUGUGACCGUACAUAUGUGAUGCUGAAUUAUGAAUUAUGCAAAAACCGCCAAUACAAUACCAUCGAAUUAAGCCGAUCAAGUUUUAUUGAUUUCUUUUCUACAUAAACCUUACACAGUAUGUCUUUAAAUACAGAGUUUGUUGCUAUAAUGUAUAUUUAUGUAAAAUAAAAUAAACUUGCUGCUGUAAGUGGCCACUUGUAGCAUCAUUCACACCAUACAA